AUGACUUUAUUUCAAGUAUUAUUUGAUGUUGUGUGCUUAGUACCCUACGGAAUAAAUUAUGUUUACAACCUCAUCACAUCUGGAGUUAAUAAAAGUGCAGAUCGAUUACAAUUGGAAUAUUUUAUUAGUACAAUUCUCGCUCUAUUAUCCUAUGGCUACUUUACUGGAAGUUGUUAUAUGUUUUGGAUAUCAUCAAGUCGUUUUCGUAAAGCAAUAAAAGAUCGAAUAUGUUUUUGGCGAAGACAAAACCAAAUAAAUCCACUUCAAUCAGUGACACAUGGAAGAACUGUAUUUGAAAUGAAAACACAGAAUUAA